GGCCUCUGGGCUCGCUCGGGGGCUAAUCCGGGGCCCGGGUGCGGAGGGGAAGUCCUCCUGCGGGGGGCGGCAGCCAGGAAGGAGGAUUCCACACAUUCCUCGGCGCGGAGGAGGCUGCAGGCCGCCGGGCGCCCUAAUGCGCCUGAAACGUUACAGGACGCCCGCGGCCUUAUAUGGGCAGCCGGGGCCUGGCCGGCGCCGCGAGGCUGGAAACCACCGGCGCCGGGCCCUCCGAAGUCCACCCGGCCCUCCGCUGCCCUCCCUGGUCCUCCCGGUCCCGCUCACGCCUCCCUCUCUCGUCUACUUCUGCGACCCUGGACGAGUCCCUUGUUCUCUGUGCCUCAGUAGCCCUACGGGUGAAGCGGGAUUAGUAACUGUAGCUACUUAGUAAAGUUGCGGUGAGGAUGGAGUUAAUUCGUGUAAAGGGCUUGAUGGUGACCGGAACCUGCCCCACCGGCUUACAGGAUGGGUGUGGAGUCGGAGGAGCCGAACGCUCGGGGAGUAACGCGCAGGGCCAACUGGCACGCGUGGUCCAUGCCGAGCGGCCGAGAUGCCUCGGCUGCGCCUUCAGGAUGACGGAGUGGGAGACAGCUGCACCUGCAGUAGCAGAGACCCCCGACAUCAAGCUCUUUGGGAAGUGGAGCACUGAUGAUGUGCAGAUCAAUGGCAUUUCCCUGCAGGAUUACAUCGCAGUGAAGGAGAAGUAUGCCAAAUACCUGCCCCACAGUGCAGGGCGCUACGCAGCCAAGUGCUUCCACAAGGUGCAGUGCCCCAUCCUGGAGCACCUCACCAACGCCAUGGUGAUGCAUGGCCGCAACAAUGGCAAGAAGCUCGUGACUGUGCGCAUCGUCAAGCACGCCUUUGAGAGCAUCCAUUUGCUCACAGGUGAGAACCCCCUGCAGGUCCUGGUGAAUGCCAUCAUCAACAGUGGCCCCUGGGAGGACUUGACCCGCAUUGGGCGAGCUGGAACAGUGAGGCGGCAGGCCGUGGACGUGUCCCCGCUGCACCGUGUGUAUCAGGCCACCUGGCUGCUGUGCACAGGUGCCUGUGAGGCCACCUUCUGGAACAUCAAGACCAUUGCCGAGUGCCUGGCAGACGAGCUCAUCAGCGCUGCCAAGGGCUCCUCCAGCUCCUACACUAUCAAGAAGAAGGAUGAGCUGGAACAUGUGGCCAAGUUCAACCGCUGAUUGCCUGGCCACAGCUGCAAUAAACCUGUUUGCCCUUUGGGGUGGCCCCCCCCAAAAAAAAAUGACCAGGAACCACCAGACAUUCCAUCCUCUGUGGAUAC